GGCCGGGCUGCAGGGCAGCGCCCCCACCCUCCCCUCAGCGGGGAGCAGGCAGCGGCCGCUGGCUCUGUUGCUUCCGAGAAAACACCAAGCGUGUUGUCGGAUUCUGUUUGCUCCCCGUGUUGACUGUUGCCUUAACAGGGGGAGGGUGGAGGAGAUAAAAUUCACACUUUUAUGAAAAGUAGAGAAAAAACUGAAAAAUAUCCUUUUUGCCCUCCUGAAACACGCCCUGUCCCCCUCACCUCCUCUCGCUGGAACAACCUGAAUCCUGUCUGUCUGUCUCUGUUUCGUGAGCUCUCUGGGUGUCCCUGGCACCCGUGGAGUGAGCGGAGGGGCAGAGGGUUGGGAGGUCAGCUGGGGCAAGUCGCAGCCGUCAGUGGCAGCAAGUGCACAUCUGCCCCAGAAGUGCCCGCCUGCUCGGGGCGCGUCCAGGCCAGCAGCCCCCACCGGGGAGCUCCUGUCCGUCCCUCUCCAUCCCGCGGCCCCAGCGCUUGCCUGGGGGAAGGGGCGUGCCAGGACAGAAGCUCACAGGAGCACUGUUGUGAGGCCAGGGGUCGUGGGAUCAAGAAGGUCUUUUAUUGUUAUGCCUUGCUGCCGGUGCCAGUGCAGAUGGGGGACAGCGUGUGGGGACAGCUCCCGGCUCUGCCUGAGGGUCAGAGCCCCUCGGCUGGGUGGCCCCUAGCUCCCUCUCCACGCAGUGCACACUUAGGUUUCCAGUUUGCGAGAUGCCUGGGUGAUGUCUGUGCCAGGUGUGGAGAGUGGGCUCGGCCGGCUCUAAUAACAGCAGCAAAGCUAACCCAAAAGGACUUCUUCAUGCUGCGUGUUGGUCUCGGAACUGCAGCAGGAGCUCCGCCGUGAUACGUGUUUAGCUUGGAAAUACAUUUGAGUGGGCUUUUGUUCCCAGAACAAACUCUUUUUUUUUUUUCAAUGUUUUGAUUUUAAAAACAUGUGUUUAUAUAAUUUAAGCGGCAGAGCCACACAGAGAGGAAGGCAGAGAGACGUGGAGAGAGAGCUCCCACCUGCUGACUCCCUCCCGCAACGCCUGCCCAGGCUGAGGCUGCACCAAGCUGGAGCCAGGAGCCGGGAAUUCACCCUCGGUUGCCCCUUGUGAGUGGCAGGAACCGGUUACUUGAGCUAUCACGGCUGCUUCCAAGCGUAGGAAGGCAGAGUCAGGAGCGCAGGCAGGAAUCCAGCCUGAGCGCUCGGAUACGGCACACGGGCACCUUGACGGCUAAACCACCCACCCAGCCGGAGAGCUGGUCCUGGAAAGCCUGAAGUGUGUCUGUCUGGAGUUAGUGUAGCCCCUCCAGCUCUCAUUGGUUAUAAUGUGCACUGUAUUAAAAACUAAGGUCUGAAGAGCCCAGUGCAUUACUGUGUUUCAGUUGUACGUGUUUGUGGGUACAGUGUGUCAUUGAUGCACGUGCAUGGUGUGUAACCAUCAACUCAGGGCGAUCGGCAGUCCCGUGUGCCGGCACGCUGAUCGGUCUUCAGGGUGGGAACCUCUGAACCCAUCUCUUCUGGUUCUUUACAAAGUGUGUGCCAAGUCGUGGUGAGCUGUGCUGCGGAACAGGAGAACCUGUUUCCCGGACUUGUGUUUUGGCUCCUGUUCCCCCUCCCCUCCCCCCACGCCUGGUUGUAGUGGCUGCAUCUCUGUGACAUCAGCGCUUCAGCUGCUGUGAACUCUCUGGCCUGAGUCAGCUUUGACUGUAGUGCCUCUUACAGACAGAAUGUGCAGCUGGAAAGGCAGAGUUAGAGAGAGAGGCAGAGAGAAAGAGAGACAGAGGCGGAGAGAAAUAGAGAGAGACAGAGGCAGAGAGAGAGAGGCAGAGAGAGAGAGAGAUCUUCCAUCCGCUAGUUCACUUUAUAUUUAUAGCACCGUGAACAUUUUGAAGCUUUCAGGGUGGGGAUCGUGGGGAAGGGGGGUAUGACGGGUAAGUGAAAGCUUUAAUUUAGAAACAGUUUGAGUAAAGGAAAUUAUUUUUUUUAUUUGACAGAGUUAUAGACAGUGAGAGAAAGAGACACAGAGAAAGGUCUUCCUUCCGUUGCUUCACCCCCUAAAUGGCCGCUACGGCUGGAGCUACACCGAUCCGAAGCCAGGAGCCAAGUGCUUCCUCCUGGUCUCCCAUGCAGGUGCAGGGCCCAAGCACUUGUGCCAUCCUCCACUGCCCUCCUGGGCCACAGAAGAGGGGCAGCUGGGACUAGAACCCGGCGCCCAUAUGGGAUGCUGGCGCUGCAGGCAGAGGAUUAACCAAGUGAGCCACGGCGCCGGCCCUAAAGGAAAUUAUUUUGUAAAUAUAUUUUAUUUGAUUGGGUAUUUUUGGACCACUUAUUAAAUGAAUUAUUAAGCUGCAAUUGAGUUGUUAAGUGAGCGUGCUGAUAAGCCACAUAUGAGUGUGUUGUGAAUCACCUGCCGGUUGUACUUCAUGGAGCUUAUUUUAUUUAAAGUCCUGUACUGUACCCAGGAGGUGUGUCACCUCCUCCUUAUUUGUAUGUUUACCAUAUACUUUGAUAUUUGAAAUGCUGUGUACUGGAAAGGCUCCUUACAUUUCUAGAACAGAUUGGAUUUUAUGUGACCUUUUUUCCUUGAAUUAACAGCAACAGAAAAAUGAAAAACAAACAAAAAAAUGGCUGGAGCUGUGCCAAUCCAAAGCCAGGAGCCAGGAGUGCCUUCCGGGUCUCCCACGUGGGUGCAGGGGCCCAAGCACUUGGGCCAUCUUCUGCUGCUUUCCCAGGCCUUCAGCAGGGAGUUGGAUUGGAAGAGGAGCAGCCAGGACUCAAACCAGCACCCAUAUGGGACACUAGCUCCACAGGCAGAGGCUUAACCUACCAUGCCACAGCGCUGGCCCCUGGGUCAUAUUUUUGAUGCUAUUUGACAGUCUCUGCCUUUUGACUGGACUGUUUAAUCCAUUCAUGUUUAUUGAUAUGGUUGGAUUUCCUUCUGUGUUUUUUGUUUUGUUUUGUUUUGUUUUGUUUUUAAUCUAAACUCUCCCAGAAUCCUUAAUGUGUUGACUGCUGAAAUUCUAGCAGCCUGCUGGGAGCCUGGCCUUGAUGUGAGUGUGAGGAGGUGGGCUCCCUCCUGGCUCUCUGGCCGUGCUUUGCACUGGUUACAUUGCCCGGUCCAGGUGUAGACAAGUGAUGAAGUCGCUUAUUUUAUUGAAAUGCCAAGUGAAGAUGGUGCCUGCGUGCCGUGAACUUGAGGUCUGCUGGCCCGGGACUGUCGAGUGCUGGGGGCACUGGCUCUGCAGGGCUGGCAGCUGCUGGCGGCUCUCACGCUUGUGGAGCCAGAGAAGUGCUCAGUGCAUGUGCAAAAACAAGGGUGGACUCAGUCAGCCGUGAACUUGGGGUUUUCAGGGAAGACGUCUGAUGAAGCCUUGGGCCAGGUGGCCGAGACCAGGAAGGGCUGAGCAAGAAAGAUCCCACGGAGAGCAGUUGUGUGAGAAGCCAGCAUCCGAGUGAACAGGACUGACUCUGCUAAAAUCAUGUUAGGGUUGUCCGACCGUUCCUGGAAACUGGAGUUCUUGGGAUCCAGACUGUGGAGGUUCCUUAGGGUUUGGAAUUUUGGUUGCCCGGAAACUAAUCUACGGGAGUGGUUUCAGGCUUCUAUCUUUUAUUUUAUUUUUUGACAGGCAGAGUGGACAGUGAGAGAGAGAGACAGAGAGAAAGGUCUUCCUUUUGCUGUUGGUUCACCCUCCAGUGGCCGCCGCGGCUGGCGCGCCGCGGCCGGUGCACCGUGCUGAUCCGAAGGCAGGAGCCAGGUGCUUCUCCUGGUCUCCCAUGGGGUGCAGGGCCCAAGUACUUGGGCCAUCCUCCACUGCACUCCCGGGCCACAGCAGAGAGCUGGCCUGGAAGAGGGGCAACCGGGACAGAAUCCGGCGCCCUGACCGGGACUAGAACCCGGUGUGCCGGUGCCGCUAGGCGGAGGAUUAGCCUAGUGAGCCACGGCGCCAGCCAGGCUUUUAUCUUAAAGCUGGGAACUUUGUCUCCAAAGUGAAUUCGUAGAGAAAUUCACAGAGCCGCUGUGAGUAGAGAAGGGGUGACGGGUGCUAUUCUGCUCUGUAGUGAAUAUAAAACCCGGAUGUGCUUUUCUAUAAACCCGGUCACUGUAGGAAAACACAUAAAAAAAAGUCAAAGUCACCCCAGAUGUUGCUUAUCAAAAGAUAACCAGCCUGAUGGAGAGCAGGGUGUCUUUUGUGUACCCCUGUGUAUUCGUGUAUAAAAAUGAUUUCCAUAGAGAUGGGAGUUUGGCACAGUGGUUAAGACACAGCUGGGGAGGCCUGCAUUCCACAUCGGAGCGCCUGGGUUCAAAUCCCAGCUCCACUCCCCCUUCCAGCUUCCUGCCGACGUGUGCCCUGGGAGGCAGCAGGUGACGGCUGCAGUAGCUGAGUCCUGACACCCACACGAAAGACCUGGAUAGAGCCCUGGACUCCUGGCUUCGGCCUGGCCUGGCUUCGUUUGUGGCAGGCGUUUGAGGAGUGAAGCAGAGGUGAAGAGCUCAUUGCCCCUCCCCCUCGCCCUGCCGUCUAAGUAAGAUGAACAUGAAGACAGUCGAAGAGUGAUUUGUAGAAGUGGAUCGCGUGCUGCCCGUGCUUUGCCCCUGGCAGGAGUGCACUGCGGCCGUCUUCCACGCCAGCUUCCCUGCUCUCUUUCUCACUGCGGCUGCGCUGCACUCUCCGUGUGGAGCCACCAUCUCACCAUUUCCUGUCUGGGUCCCUUUGGGUUGUGGCCGUGUUUUCACUUUACCCACAAGGCUACAAUGAGCCCUCUUUUCUGCUCAUCUGUGUCGAUUUUUAUGAUUCUCUUCUUACGAUAAGUUCCUGUAAGAAUUUCUGGGUCAGAUGCUACACACUUUAAUUUUUGAUACAUUGCCAAGCACUUUAUUAAUGAUGUCACCAUUUGAUACCUUGCCAAAUUUCUCAUCCAAUUAACAAUGACUAAAUAUAAAAAAGAAAGGGAGAAGAGAAUGUGCUGGCAGUUAUGGCAAGCAAAGGAGUCUUCUGUGGCUCACAGAUCAGAGCAGCUUCCUUCCAUGGGACAGCGCUGGGAGAGCAGGUACACACAGGACAGCCCUGGAGAGCAGGUGCUCACAGGACAGCCCUGGAGAGCAGUGUCACAGGACAGCCCUGGAGAGCAGGUACGCACAGGACAGCCCUGGGAGAGCAGGUGCUCAUGGGACAGCCCUGGAGAGCAGUGUCACAGGACAGCCCUGGGAGAGCAGGUGCACACAGGACAGCCCUGGAGAGCAGGUGCUCACAGGACAGCCCUGGAGAGCAGGUGCACACAGGACAGCCCUGGGAGAGCAGGUGCACACAGGACAGCCCUGGGAGAGCAGGUGCUCAUGGGACAGCCCUGGAGAGCAGGUGCUCACAGGACAGCCCUGGAGAGCAGGUACGCACAGGACAGCCCUGGGAGAGCAGGUGCUCAUGGGACGGCCCUGGGAGAGCAAGUGCACAUGGGACAGCCCUGGAGAGCAGGUGCUCAUGGGACGGCCCUAGGAGAGCAGUGUCACAGGACAGCCCUGGGAGAGCAGGUGCUCAUGGGACAGCCCUGGGAGAGCAGGUACACACAGGACAUCCCUGGAGAGCAGGUGCACACAGGACAGCCCUGGGAGAGCAGUGUCACAGGACAGCCCUGGGAGAGCAGGUGCACACAGGACAGCCCUGGGAGAGCAGGUGCACACAGGACAGCCCUGGGAGAGCAGGUGCACACAGGACAGCACUGGGAGAGCAGGUACACACAGGACAUCCCUGGAGAGCAGGUGCUCAUGGGACAGCCCUGGGAGAGCAGUGUCACAGGACAGCCCUGGGAGAGCAGGUGCUCAUGGGACAGCACUGGGAGAGCAGGUACACACAGGACAUCCCUGGAGAGCAGGUGCUCAUGGGACAGCCCUGGGAGAGCAGGUGCACACAGGACAGCCCUGGAGAGCAGGUGCUCACAGGACAGCCCUGGGAGAGCAGGUGCUCAUGGGACAGCCCUGGGAGAGCAGUGUCACAGGACAGCCCUGGGAGAGCAGGUGCUCAUGGGACAGCCCUGGGAGAGCAGGUGCACAUGGGACAGCCCUGGGAGAGCAGGUGCACACAGGACAGCCCUGGAGAGCAGGUGCACACAGGACAGCCCUGGAGAGCAGUGUCACAGGACAGCCCUGGGAGAGCAGGUGCACACAGGACAGCCCUGGGAGAGCAGGUGCACAUGGGACAGCCCUGGAGAGCAGGUGCACACAGGACAGCCCUGGGAGAGCAGGUGCACAUGGGACAGCCCUGGAGAGCAGGUGCACACAGGACAGCCCUGGGAGAGCAGGUGCACACAGGACAGCCCUGGAGAGCAGUGUCACAGGACAGCCCUGGAGAGCAGGUACUCAUGGGACAGCCCUGGAGAGCAGGUGCUCAUGAGACAGCCCUGGAGAGCAGGUGCACACAGGACAGCCCUGGAGAGCAGGUGCACACAGGACAGCCCUUGUGGGGAGCAACUCGGACUAGACUAAGUUACCGGAAUUAAGACUUAUUCUAUGCAUCUGCUCUCCCACAAUAUGGCGCUGAGAAGGGAGAAACAGCUUCUACACAGCUGCCUCCAGUUCAACCAAUAAGCAGCAGGACCUGCUCCUGAUUGGAGGAGAGCAGCGUACUCGGCGUGUGGGUAGCAGAGUUGGGAUUGGUGGAAGAGGACUAUAAAGGAGGAGAGAGACAACAUGCACCAGGAACAUCUAAGAGGAACAUCUAAGAGGAACACCUGUGCAGCCCCCGAGAGAGCCAGCCGGCGGUGUGCCGCUUCCCCGCGGAAGUGGGGAAAGUGGCCAGGGGGAACUGCCCUUCCACGGAGGUGGAAGGGAUGGUAGUCAACCCGGGAAGAACCAGCAGCAAACCCGGGGAGGGCCGAGCAGACGAAAGAACAGUGCAGGGUCCUGUGUCGUUCCUCCACGAAGAUGGGGAGCGACAGCCCUGGAGAGCAGUGUCACAGGACAGCCCUGGGAGAGCAGGUGCACACAGGACAGCCCUGGAGAGCAGUGUCACAGGACAGCCCUGGGAGAGCAAUGUCACAGGACAGCCCUGGAGAGCAGGUGCACAUGGGACAGCCCUGGGAGAGCAGGUGCACACAGGACAGCCCUGGAGAGCAGUGUCACAGGACAGCCCUGGAGAGCAGGUGCUCACAGGACAGCCCUGGAGAGCAAUGUCACGGGACAGCCCUGGAGAGCAGGUGCACACAGGACAGCCCUGGGAGAGCAGGUGCACACAGGACAGCCCUGGGAGAGCAGGUGCACAUGGGACAGCCCUGGGAGAGCAGUGUCACAGGACAGCCCUGGGAGAGCAGGUGCACACAGGACAGCCCUGGGAGAGCAGGUGCACACAGGACAGCCCUGGAGAGCAGGUGCACACAGGACAGCCCUGGGAGAGCAGUGUCACGGGACAGCCCUGGAGAGCAGGUGCACACAUUCUACCCCUGCAUUACAGCUGAGUGCCGCGUGACUCAGCCCAGUACAGUGGCUGGUGCAGAGGCUUCCUGUCUCAAAGAAGAGAUGCUCAGAUUUCUUCCACAGGGAGUUACCUUGUUCUACAAAUGUUUAGGAAAGAACAGGGGCCGUAGGUUAAUCCUCUGCGUGUGGCACCGGCAUCCCAUACAGGUGCCGGUUCUAGUCUCAGUUGCUCCUCUUCUGGUCCAGCCCUCUGCUGUGGCCCGGGAAGGCAGUGGAGGAUGGCCAAGUGCUUGGGCCCUGCACCCGCGUGGGAGACCAGGAGGAAGCACCUGGCUCCUGGCUUCGGAUCUGCGCAGUGCCGGCCAUUGCAGCCAAUUGGGGAGUGAACCAACGGAAGGAAGACCUUUCUCUCUGUUUCUCUCACUGUCUGUAAUUCUACCUGUCAAAUAAAUAAAUAAGUAAAAUCUUUAAAAAAAAAAAAAAAAAAAAAGACCAAAUGUAUUUCCUGAUGCUGGUUUUGCAGGUCCCUGGGGCUUCUUAAUGUUUUAAUGGCUUUUAAUGAAUUUUCCAAGUUAAAAGUGGGCUUAAUUCAUUUCAAUUUGCUCUUUGUAAUAAUUGAUUUUUUUUUUUGAUGUCGAGUGUCUUGGGGUUAGAGACGUGAUGACAAGGGUCUUAGCCACAGAAUCGCAGCAGCUGGCAUUCUGGGUAAUGACCCAUCUAGAAAAAAGGUACUUGGGACAGAGUAUGUACACAGCAGGAGUCAAGAGGGGCAGAAAUCCUUUUCAUCUUCAGUCUUCCGGGAGGCUGGAGCAGCGCCUGCUGCUAGAGCGUCUGGUUAGUGGGAUUCUGGCACUUGCACGUCCGACUGCCUGACCGUCAGGUGGCUCGUGUGGCAGCAGGCUGAGUCACUGAGUCGCGACGUCCGGAGAUGCCAAGCACUUGCCGUAAGCUGUCCCCUUGUAGAAGACGCGGAGACGCUGCGCUCGGAGGCUCCCAUGAAUCUCGUGUUCUGCUUCCUUCUGUGACAAUCUCUCUCUCUCUCUCUCUCU